GAUGUGUGAUGUUGUCAAUUUAUUAAUAAAAGUAUUUUUUAUGAAUCUGUGAAUCAAUCAAUUGUCAAUGUCAAAUUUAGAAAUUCUUUAAAAACAUUGUUGCAAAUUGCAUUGCAGCUAAGCUAAUAAAUUAUUUUCAUAAGUAAUUGAAGCUUUAUAAUUUAAUAAAAAAGAAAUCAUAAAUCGUUUUAUAAAUUAAAAUUUUUAGAUUUCCCGAGAUAAAAAAUUGUAAAAGGUUUUAUUUACAAGGCUUUGUUUUGACGAUUUCCACAUCAUAAAAUGACUACUGCAGCUAGACCAACUUUUGAUCCAGCGAGAGGUGGCCAAGGCCGAGGAGAAAAGGACCUAAGUGCUAUUUCCCGUCAGUACUCAAGCAGGGACCUCCCGGGACAUACCAAAUUGAAAUACAGGGAACAAGGCCAAGGUACUACAGAUGAGCUGCGUUCAAGAGAUUUCCGUAAAGAACUUGAUGAGAGAGAAAAGGAAAUUAAAGCCCCUAAUGCUAGAAGGCAGUUGGAGCCAUCAGUGAAAAGGUUGAAGACUGAUCAAGUACCUGCAGCGAGUUUGGAUGCUGAUGAUCCUCUUGAGGGGGACUCUACAGAUUCCGAGGACUCUGAUGAUGACACAGCAGCCUUGUUGGCAGAGUUAAAUAAAAUAAAGAAGGAGCGUGCUAUUGAACAGGCUAAGAAGGAAGCUGAGAAGAAACAAGAAGAGGAGCGGAUAAGAAUGGAAAAUAUAUUAUCAGGAAAUCCCUUGCUAAAUUAUUCUGCAGCAGGACAGAAGAAUGAUUUAAAGGUAAAAAGAAGAUGGGACGAUGAUGUUGUCUUCAAAAACUGUGCACGCACAGAACCUGAGAAGAAGCCUAACACUUUUAUCAAUGAUUCUCUACGUUCUGAAUUCCACAAAAAAUUCAUGGAAAAAUAUGUGAAAUAGUGUCUCUUUAUUAGGAUAUACAUCUUAUUGGUGAUAUCAGUUAAUAGAACAUAUUUUCCUUUAAUGCCUAGUUUUGUAUUUUUUUUUAAUGCUUUUUCAUAAUUAUGGCUCAUAAAAAGUUGACGACACUGUUUGUGACACACAUAACACAGGUCCGUGCGGGUCUGGGGUUGUGUAGCGAUGAAUGAAAAACGACGGAAAUGAGUUAAAAAGGACGGAAUAAAAAAAUGUUCCUUAGAAUUACUUAUAGGUACGGUAGAUGAUAAGUUAAUAAUGUUUCAUCAUUGCUGACGCGGCUUUAGUAUCAUAUCAAAGCGCCUGGCCAAUGCUUUGCUGAUUCACUACUACAAUCAUAGCAAAACUGAUAUCACUAACUACUGUACUAAAAGCUGAUGAUCUUUUCUUUGUAUUCAUUAUUUUUUUGUAUUUAAAUAAUUAAAGAUAUGUUUAGGUACACUAGUAUAAUUUAAAUUUCUACUUUAAAUAUUCUAUGAUUUUGUCACUGGUAAAAUAAUCUGCCUGUGUAUUAAAUAAUUCUGUAGGUAAUAAAGCCAAACUUAGUAAUAUUUGGCGUUAAUGUAAGUUUAGUAAAUUAGUUCAAUAAAUUAUAAGAUUUUAAAACA